CCUAAUGUCUUAAUUAACACCAAUGUAGUAUCUGGCUGUUUAGUGGUAGUGGUGGUUGGUGGUGGAGAGCCUGGAUAAUAGCUCAUAGGAGAGCUAGAUUCUGUCAUACUCUGUUUUCCUGAAGUAAGAAAUCUCUGGAUCCAAGUUAUAUCAGAUUCUUUUAGUCUAUGUUGCUAUCGUCCAUCCCUACUCCUGAGCCCCCAGCCAUGAACCACCAUGUUAAGGGACUCUUCCUUUUUUCCAUGCCUGAGUUGACUGGACAAGUGCCAACUCCGAUCCUGGGCUUAUGGCAUGUAAUGACACACACUCCUUUUCCAUAUUCUGUAUGUCUCUAGUGGGGAGGGGGUUUUGCCAAGACCCUUCGUUUAUUUUCUGAUUGCCUCACUCAUAUUACCCCUGAGGCCUCCUUUGUUCCCGAAGUAGGCUAGGGACAUCCUGCUUCCUAGAACCAAAUCUACAAGAAACAAAGGUACGUAACAAAGCCAAAUGGGAACAGAAUCAUGCUUGGAACUCUUUCUGGGCAGAAAACAAUAACUGGUAUGGACUAGAGAUUAGGGGAGGAGAAGGAAAAAUGGGGUAAAAGUACGGAAGGCAGCUGGCAGGUUCAGUGUUUCUGUGUUGGCAUGACCAGUCUCUCUUCAUCCUCUUCCUGGAUGUAGGGCUUGGUGCCAGGGCCCCCGAGGCUUUCUCCACAAAUAAAAGGAGGUGAAGCUGUUUGGUGUCCCUAUUUCAGGUUCUUGGGGGCAGCCAAAAUGAUGUCCUUUGUCUCUCUGCUCCUGAUUGGCAUCAUGUUCCCUGCCAUCCGGGGGAAGCAAUUUACAAAAUGUGAGCUGUCCCAGGUGCUGAAAGACAUGGAUGGCUAUGGAGGCAUUCCUUUGUCUGAAUGGAUCUGUACCAUAUUUCAUACUAGUGGUUAUGAUACACAAACCAUAGUCAAUAACAGUGGCAGCACAGAAUAUGGACUCUUCCAGAUCAACAAUAAAUUUUGGUGCAGGGACAACCAGAUCCUUCAGUCAAGGAACAUCUGUGACAUCUCCUGUGACAAGUUCCUGGAUGAUGACCUUACUGAUGACAUUAUUUGUACCAAGAAGAUCCUGGAUAAGGAAGGAAUUGACUACUGGUUGGCCCAUAAACCACUCUGCUCUGAGAAACUGGAACAGUGGCACUGUGAGAUGUGAGUGCCUGCGGUCUUUGCUGUUUCUGCCCUCUGUACAUUCCUGAAAUGCCUCUCCCCUAAGGCUACCUCAGUUUGCUUCUUUCUACCCCCUUGAAGCUGAUUUGUCUUUGAGCCCUGAACUCUGUAGUGACACCUUUGGACACUUGAGAAUGAUUCUCCAGGGAUGUGUGACUGGUACACUGGACUUUUGACCCUUGCUUAGUGCCCCCUGAUGGCACUUUAACUACAACAAUGGAUUCCACCUCUGUCUUGAAUAAAGGGCCUGAUUUUGAA